AGUCGUCACGUUCAGGUCUCUGGGCGGCCGUUGGUUGAUUCCUCUUGCGUACCGACUCGACCGUGCAUCUCCUCUGCCAAGAUGUGCGACCUGCAUGCAGCCACCCUGAAGCUCCUGUCCAUCUUCAAUGAACUCGCCCACGACAACGCUGUCAAAGAUUGUCUGAAGAAGGAAAAGUUCAGGAGCUUCCUGAAGGGGGAUAAGGGCAAGAGUCUGAUCCAGAAUCCCGUUGAUGGGUUCGUGGUGAGCCGCAUCCUGAGGGACCUUGGCGAUGACAAAGAUGGGCAAGUCGACUUCCUCGAGUUCGUGAUCACCAUCGCGGCCUUGAAAUUCUGCUGCCACCCAAACUUCCGAGCGCACCACGAGCGGAAUGGCAGGACCCACGCGCUGACCGCAUUCCAAGUGUAA